AUGACUGGAUUAAUAUUUUUUGUAGUGACUAAUUUGUCAAGAUCUGCAGCUUCUAUUUUAAAAAAUCUGAUAAAAGAACUGAUUUUUUUCUCACCUUCAUGCAUCUUUUUCUAAUUAGAAUAGUAGUUAUGUAAGCCCCAAUGUUAUGCUAGCCAGAUUACCUUGCAUCAACAGGUUUUGAAAUUGUUGACCCAUAAUUUUUUUGAUGUCUUAACAUAUAUUUAAACCGUCAAAGAUUCUAAAUUUAGUAAGUGGGUUCCAGCACGGAAAAUGAACAGUUUAGUGCUUUUUUUAUUAACCGUAGUAGCUUUUGGCAGCUGCCUCAAACUCCCUUCCAGUUUCAAAAAAUGUGAUAGAAAGACAACCGAUUUUAACCAGUGCUUGAGUGAAGCUAUUUAUGGCGCUCUUAGAAUCUUAGACAAACCUUUGCCAUCGCAUGGUUUACCAAGUUUGUAUGGCGUCGAAUUUCCAGACGUCUUUACAAUGGGAAAUAGUACCUAUGGGCUGCUACAAAAAUUUUACCAAACUAGGUAUAUUGGUCUGUCGAAGCCAGAGAAUAUAAAUGCUAAACUAGAUUUUGGUCCUUUGACUAUCACUUUAACGAUAGAAGCUACUUACUCUCAACUUACAGUAGAAACUGAAUUUGAGGCUCAAGGUACUAUUGUCCUUCUACCUGUAAACGUCAUAACACCUGUUGUAUACACUUUGGUUAAUCCAACAUACACAUUCACGUUUGUACUGGAAGAGUACGAAAAAGGUACUACUUAUUUUCGGGUAAUAGAUUCCAAAAUCGAUGCACAAACUCAGGGUCUUAAAUUUGAUUACAAAGGGUUGUUUUCCAACAAAGUUCUAAAUGAAGAGUUUAAUAAUGCUAUGGAUGAGAAAUGGAGGCAAAUAUGGAUUCUUUUUAAAAGCUUUGAUGAAGUGCUUUUUGCUCCUCUAUUCGGUACAAUCUUUAACGAUUUUCUGAAAAAAGUUCCCGCUGCUGAACUCGUCGAUGGAUAGUUUUUAUGUAAACUUGACAAUUAAUAAUCUAGAAAUAAACAAU